UCUUUUCCAUUUCUGUAAAACCCUAAAUUUGAUUUAACCCCUCAACCCGCCGCACUUCUUUCCGCGAUUCCUGCAACAAACUUCGCUCGCAAAACUCGUCCAAGGGAAAAUUCGUCUUUCUUCUUCUUCUUCUUGGCUUUUGAUUUAUCGAGAAAAACAUGCAUCAUUGGGAGGGGUGAAGUGAAAUUUCACUGAAAAUUUGACAAAUGGAAGCUUGUAGAUGACUGAAAAUGAAGAAAACGCUGCGGGUAGAUCAGAAAGAGCUGACGUGCAGUGAAAAGAGUUUUUGCUGUCAUGUGAAAACAGAGCGUUUCAUGGCUGUCUCUGCUGCUGAUGGUCCCUGAAAUUCUCAUCAGCUUCACUGCUUUUUCUCAAUAGGUCAUUUCUGCUUUGUUUUCUCUCUUAUGCUGGAUUUGAACAACUAGGUUUCUUGGUCGUUGGUUUUGAGAUUUUCUUGACGAUUUGGGGAAGCAAAAUGAGUGGUUCUGUUUUGGUGGCUGUUGCUGCUGCUGUUGGAAAUUUUUUGCAAGGAUGGGAUAAUGCAACUAUAGCAGGGGCUGUCCUGUACAUAAAGAAAGAAUUCAGUCUGGAAAGUAGCCCCACUGUAGAAGGGCUGAUCGUGGCCACGUCCCUUAUUGGAGCUACUGUAAUCACAACAUGCUCGGGGGCUAUAUCGGAUUGGCUCGGCCGUCGGUUGCUGCUAAUUCUAUCAUCUGUUCUUUACUUCAUCGGUGGCAUUAUAAUGCUGUGGUCUCCCAAUGUAUAUAUCCUUCUCUUAGGCAGGCUCUUGGAUGGUUUUGGAAUAGGUUUGGCUGUUACGUUGGUUCCGGUUUACAUAUCUGAGACCGCUCCCCCUGAAAUUAGAGGAUCAUUAAACACACUUCCUCAGUUCACUGGUUCUGCUGGAAUGUUCUUCUCAUACUGCAUGGUUUUUGGGAUGUCUUUGAUGGAAUCACCAAGCUGGAGAUUGAUGCUUGGGGUUCUCUUUAUUCCUUCUCUUAUAUAUUUAGCAUUGACAAUAAUUUUCUUGCCUGAAUCACCUCGGUGGCUUGUCAGUAAAGGCCGGAUGCUUGAGGCCAAACGAGUGCUGCAGAGGCUCCGAGGCAGAGAGGAUGUAUCUGGUGAGCUGGCUUUACUUGUUGAGGGUCUUGGAGUUGGGGGUGAGACCUCUCUGGAGGAAUACAUUAUUGGUCCAGCAGACGACCUUGCUGACCAAGAUCUAUUAACUGACAAAGAUGAAAUCAAAUUAUAUGGACCUGAACAAGGACUCUCCUGGGUUGCUAGGCCGGUUACAGGACAGAGUUCUCUUGGCCUAGUAUCUCGGCAUGGAAGCAUUAUAAAUCAGAGUGGGCUUGUCGAUCCUCUCGUCACUCUCUUCGGCAGUGUACAUGAGAAGCUUCCUGAUACAGGAAGCAUGCGCAGUACACUCUUUCCACAUUUUGGCAGCAUGUUCAGCGUUGGAGGUAACCAACAUAGAAAUGAAGAGUGGGAUGAAGAGAGCCUUGCUAGAGAGGGUGAGGACUAUCAGUCAGAUGCUGCGGGUAAUGAUUCUGAUGAUAACUUACGGAGUCCUCUGAUGUCACGACAGACUACAAGCAUGGAAAAAGACAUGAUUGCACCUGCUCAUGGAAGUCUUUCAAGCAUGAGACAGGGCAGUCUUGCUGGAGAACCUGUUGGAAGCAUGGGGAUUGGUGGGGGUUGGCAACUUGCUUGGAAAUGGUCUGAGAGAGAAGGCCCUGGUGGAAACAAAGAAGGGGGGUUCAAAAGAGUUUAUUUGCACCAAGAGGGCAUUUCUGGACCUCAGCAAGGAUCUAUAGUGUCUCUUCCUUGUGGCGAUGCCCUGACGGAUGGAGGCUAUAUUCAGGCUGCUGCAUUGGUCAGUCAGCCAGCUCUUUACUCGAAGGAGCUUAUGCAUCAGCAUCCGGUUGGACCAGCUAUGGUCCAUCCUACUGAAACAGUAACAAAAGGGCCGAGUUGGGCGGACCUUUUUGAACCUGGAGUCAAACAUGCGCUGCUCGUUGGAGUAGGAAUUCAAAUACUUCAGCAGUUCUCUGGCAUAAAUGGAGUUCUGUAUUACACUCCCCAAAUUCUUGAGAAAGCAGGUGUUGGAGUUCUUCUUUCAAACUUGGGGAUUGGCUCUUCUUCUGCAUCUUUGCUGAUCAGCGGCCUAACCACAUUAUUGAUGCUCCCUUCAAUUGCAGUGGCCAUGAGACUAAUGGACAUCUCGGGUCGUAGGACUUUAUUACUGUGGACUAUCCCUGCCUUGAUAGCAUCCCUCAUCAUCCUAGUUAUCGGUAGCCUAGUUCACAUGGGCAGCAUAGUGAAUGCAUCAAUCUCAACAGUCAGUGUAGUUGUUUACUUCUGUUUCUUCGUGAUGGGGUUUGGGCCAAUCCCGAACAUAUUAUGUGCAGAAAUCUUCCCGACCCGAGUCCGUGGCCUUUGCAUUGCGAUUUGUGCAUUAACAUUUUGGAUUGGUGAUAUCAUCGUCACGUAUACGCUGCCUGUGCUGCUCAACUCUAUUGGGCUUGGCGGUGUUUUCGGGAUGUAUGCAGUUAUUUGCAUCAUAUCAUGGGUGUUUGUCUUUCUAAAAGUUCCUGAAACUAAGGGAAUGCCACUUGAAGUCAUCACUGAAUUCUUCUCUGUUGGUGCCAAGCAGGUUUUAGCUGCCAAAAAUGUUUGAAAUUCAUCAUACAAUUCAAAAUUUUGACUGUUUGAUAUCGGUGGUUGGAUUUGAUAUUAAUGAUCUUUGAAUGCAAGCUCGGUUACUGUAAAGGGUAUUAGUUCUUUUUAUCCUA